AUGUCGGCCGCCCUUCGAGGCCCCGAGGCAGAUAUCCGCCCCGAGGAUAUCGGUGACACAACCCGAGGCGAUCGAUCAAUCUUCCAGACCAACCUUCACACCCCCAUCUCACAGGACCUCGAACAAUCGAGCGUUGAAGCGACCGGCACGACCGCGACCACGUUAGAUGAGCUGGCGCAUAUCCACGACUUCUCUACAAGUGUGCCUCGCGCACCGUCCCCGACUCCACCAUCAACUGCAUCUGGUCCAGACAUCUUCCGCGGCCUGGUAUCAGAGGAGCGAUUGGAGGAAUUAUUGGACGAAUAUCGACCGAUGUCAUCUGCGUUCCCUUUCGUGCCCGUUAAACCGAGCGAGCAAGUAUGUACGCUGCGAUCUUCGAAACCGAUGCUUCUCCUUGCCAUCGCAGCCGCAGCAUCGUCCAAGGAUCGCGCGCUGCAAGCAGCACUUGACCAGCGGUAUCGAGAGGAACUCGCUUCUCACACCAUCAUCGCUCCACGCAAGUCGACCGGACUGGUGCAAAGCCUGCUCGUGUACCUGGCGUGGUAUCACCAUUUCUUCAGUCACAAAACUCAGAACAUCUUCCCUUUACUCCAACUCCUCAUUGGCCUCGUCAUUGAUGUUGGCUUACAUCAAGACAAAGGUCGGAAAGCUUUGGUCGAGACAUCCCUGGAACAGCAGAGAGAACGAGACCGUGCUCUCUUGGGCUGCUACUUCUUGAGUUCCACUAUCUCGGCAGCCCUUCGGAAGACGGCUCUGUUUAAGAAACCUGACAUCUUCGAAGCAUGUCUGUUGCGUCUCAGGGAAGGAGCAGAAUUCGAAAGCGACGCGACGAUUGAAACGCUGGUUAGCUGGAGGCAUCUGGACGACCAAGUGAAUGAGCUAUGUCAGAAACUUCGCAGCCAGACGUCCGUAUCUCCAGACGAGGAUCUAAGAAGUGUGGAUGCAAACAUGCACCACUAUCACCAAGAUCUAGCUGGUAACAUUGGCAAUGACGUGGUCCGAACCCCUGAACUCUUGUUUUACUUUGCCAAGAUGGAACUCUGUAACGCUGUCGUUCAGUAUGGCAACGACCUCGGCGAUUCAUCGAGGACCGCCGAAUACAACUCGAUCAAGACUAUAGAGUGUCUGGACGCGGGAAGAUCCUUUCUUGAGACUCUCCUGGAGCACUCGGUCCACGUCUAUCACCAAAUCCCGUUUGUGGUGUGGAUGCGGUUGCCGCUGAUCAUCAUCACUCUCACUGCUCUCACCCUCAGCCCCGACGCGGCCGCGCCCGAUCGCUCCAUCCGGCUGGAGCUGUACCUCGAGGCCCUGUGCAGCCGUAUGCAGACCCUGACGACGUGCUGCCCGCCUCACCAGCCGCUGCCAGACUUCUGGAAAGCGAUGUUUGUCAUCAUGGAUCAGGCGCGCACGUGGUAUGUGAGUCGGGCGAGAUCGCUGGCACCGACAAGCGAAACUUCUGUCCAGGCAAAACCGGCGCUGUUCUCCCCAGUCAGCCAUUAUACAGAGUUGCCUGGAAAUGUGCUCACCGGGCAUUCGGACAUGUUUCCGGGUGAGUCGGCUCAUGGUGAUGUCUCCUCGCACUUUGACGACUUCAUGACACUGGACUUGUGGGGCGGGUCGGAAGGCUAUGACCCGACAAUACUCAAUCUCGACGAUAUCAUCCAAUGA